GUUGUGUAGUCGUGCAGCUGUCAAAAUAGCUGUGUACAUAAGAACGUGUGUAUUUUAAUAUUUGACAGAUGCAAUCUGACGCGGUCAUUGUGUUCAGCAUAUCAUUGAACUAUUAAGUAUUGAUGUUAUUUGUUCAUUGCUGUUUGGUUAACCAUUGGAGCUGAGUUGUAAAGUGAAGUUAUUCUAAUUACUGCACAAAAAAUCUCUAAUUUGUAAUGCCGCAUUUAAUACAAGAUUCCAAUGAUUUGAAGAAUCAACUUAAAGAGGCUGGAGCGAAGUUAGUUGUAAUUGAUUUUUUUGCAACUUGGUGUGGCCCAUGUAAAAUUAUCGCUCCUCGGCUAGAGGAAUUGGCAAAAGAGUACGAAGGAAGAGUCGUUGUAUUAAAGGUUGAUGUGGAUGAAUGUGAAGACAUUGCCAUGGAGUACAACAUCUCUAGCAUGCCAACUUUUGUAUUUAUUAAAGGAAGUCAACAGAUAUAUUCCUUUGCAGGGGCAAAUCCCGAAAAAUUAGCUGAUUACGUGGAGAAGAAUGCAUAAAUUUAAAUUCGAAUUUAUUGUAUUUAAUUUUUGUUAUGCUGUAAAGUUUCAAAUUUUAAUUUUGAACAAUAAAAAAUAGUAGUCUUUUGAGAUAAUAAUCUAAAAAAAAUGUUCGAUUAUUUAUAUUAUGUAUAUUAAGUUUUCAAUGUUAUAAUUUGGCACACAUUAAAGAAGCCCAUUGUUA